AUGAAGCCAACAUUCUCUACACUCGAAGUCGAUAUUCGUGGACCACAUUCUACGCUGGAAGUAGACCCUCGACAGUACCCUGCCGAUCUUGAAGUCAAACCAGCAGAUCCCAAGUCUCCAAAAGUCCUCGUCGGGGAGGGUCAGCAACCUUCUGACACAGGACCAACGAGAUCUCAUACUAAUCCUUGGCACAAAAGCGCAGUCACAUAUCUCAACUACAAUUACCACUACGGAAACUACAUUCACUACGGAACGAUCUACUAUCAAGUCCACCUCUACACCCAGCCCGGGUGA